AUGUGUUCUGAGGUAAACAAUUUUCGAAUUCUUGAGCCGGUAUACGCAGUUAUAGACCUUGAAACCACUGGGCUCGACAGAAAGGAAGACCGUAUCGUUCAAAUAGGCGUUGUUAAAGUUAAAAAUGAUACACUAACACCAUGGAUGACAUAUGUGAACCCUUGCAAGAGUGCUGAAUCUCAGAUGGAUGCAUUCAGGGUUCAUAGGAUCUCUCCAGACGCUCUUAAAGACAAACCUACCUUCGCUGAAGUAGCGUCAAAGUUAUGCGCAUUUUUGCACGACGUUGGAUAUAUCGUGGCGUACAAUGCCUUGUUUGACUGGAGUAUGUUGGUAGAAGAGUUUAGAAGGCUUGAAUCGGAAACUGAAAAGAAAGAAGGCAGUAAGAUUCUAGAGAUAAUCAAAUGGCUCGACAUGUAUCGUUUGGCAAUCAAAACGUUGCCUGAGGAAGACGAUAUGAGGGCUGGUGCUUUAUUUAAAAAGUUCUCAAUACAUGUACGAACUAAACAGAUCCAGACCUUUCAUUAUUUGUAUGAGUUGAAAUGUGCUAACUCGAGAGAAAAGGAAGAAAAAGAUUUUAUUUUAACGGAAACAAACGCAACAAAUUGGAUAGAGGGAUUUCACGAUGCUAUGGGAGAUGUACUGGCCACGAAUUCACUGCUGAAGGAACUUCUUAAGAUGAACGGAUAUUCAAGCAUCGUGGAUGUGGCAAAAAACAUGCCUUACUGUUUAUUAGAUACCGAGUUGCUCCUUAUUGUAGACAACAUGUUACAAGAGAGGAAAACUUCAGACAAAGAUUUAAAGGGAAUUGCAGGAAAAGCAGGCAAAUUUUAUGGUACCAUGUCUUCACUCAGAGGAAAGACUCUUGCAGAGAGUCCAAGACGAAAAGUACGGGAAGCUUAUAAUGCUUUGUAUCUUCGUGACGAGCGCCGUGACGAGAGAAUAGGAUUAAUUCUCACUGCCGCCUUGUUGUGUGACCGGGACGAAUCACGAAAACGGCAAUCCACAAAUUCGAGUCCUACUUCGGCAGAUCAGGAAGCUAAAAAGGUAAAAUCAGAAUGA